CCGUCGCCCAUUCCUUGCGUUCGUGAUUUGGAUUGUCAAUCAAAGGGCUAUUUUGUUUUCUUCCUGGCUAGCUGCAAAGUGACAGAGGAGUAACAUUCGGCAGAUUUCACACUGAUUAGUUAAAGGGGAGAGACCAUGUGGAAGUCACAUGAGCAACAAGGAUGAGGCAAAAGCAACUGGGAGGAAACUGGUUGAGGAGAGGACUGCUGCCGCCUAACUUCUCAAUCCGACUGGGGAUUUGCUGCUUCUGAAGCCUGGCUGGGACAGCCUAGCAGCCCCUGACCCACCCUCCACCCACACAUAUGCAAUGAACAGCACUACUCAGCCCCCUGCCACCAUAGACGGGGAUGUGGCAGUCAGCGCCGUGUUGGUACCAUUCUUCCUGAUCACCUUCAUCGGGAUAGUUGCAGCUGUGGUGCUUUAUGUGCGCAAGAAGAGAAGAAUUGACAGGCUCCGGCACCAGUUGCUUCCAGUCUAUACUUACGACCCCUCCGAAGAAUUACAUGAAGUUGAACAGGAAAUGCUGUGGAAAGAGGAAGAUACGAAGGUGGUGAAGGGUUGGGCACGAUCCUACCAGCAGCAACGUCCCCUGUUGAUGAAAGAUACCCAUGCAUGAGUGUGUUGGAGCAGGACAUAGAUCUGUGACAUCAUACAGAUCAGUGGAGUUAACCCUUGAGAUGCCAGAUUUGUCAAUCAUUCAACACAAAGGGGAUUUAGGAAAAGCAUGGACAAGUGUGGAGAACAGCCUGUCAUGCCUUCCGCAUCAUCACAGACUUUGUCAUUACCACCGUCAUGCUCCUCCUCAUCAUCAGUCAUCAUCAUCUCUGUUGGAGCAUUUACUUUGUACAGUGUCAGCCUCUAAGCUAAGGGGAGGUUGGUUAUUAUGUGAUUGUGAACCUCUGAUGCCAUGCCCGUGUGCCCAAAAGCUGCACCAUACCCUAAACCACGACAUGUUGGCUAACUACUGGUGGACAUUUAUUUAUUUGAGAUUAUUUAUUCACGUUUUUUUUUAACUGUGUUUGUGUGUUAUGAUGUGGGAGUUACUGAAGCUAAGAUGGUACCAUCAAUCCAGACUAGACAUGGGGGUGUUACAUUUGCCUAAAAUGUCUAUUGUUGCUGUUUUAAGUAGUAGUAUACCAGUGAGAUUAGCAAAGCCUUGACAUUUGGUGGGAUGCUUACCGUUGUACUACUAGUUUUAGUGGUGUAAAUUUAGUUUACUAUGUCCCUCACGUUUCAAUGUCAUAGAAGUUACACAGAAGGUAUGCAAUCAAUCAGUUUGAGUCCUUAAGUUACUGUUUUGGUUCCCUGUUUGUGGCACAUUGAAUACCAUUAUCAAAGCAUCCAAAAGAAUACCUCCUCCUCGUCAUCAUCCAGAUACUGUAUGUUAUGAUGAAAAGGUGGUGAAAUCAGAAGGAGGAUGUGUAGAGAGAAGAGAUGGCAAAUGAAUGUAGCUUGUCAACCAACCUCCCCCUACCCCACCCACUCCUCUCCACUAUUUAGCUGUGACUACUGCCCUAAAAAUGUCCUGUUGGGAAGACAGGGCACCAGGAUAAUUGUUCUUCUAGCGGAAUAAUCCCAUUCGAAGAAUGCCGUAGGCCUGACUGUAUACAGUACUCAGGAAACCUCAGCCACCAAUAUCUUUAAAGAAAUAAGUGACCAGUGAUUCAUCCUUGAAUUACAUGUGCUCUAAGUUACCUUCCUUUCCUCCUUGCAUUUGUGAAUGUCAUGUACAGUGGGGGAAAAAGUAUUUAGUCAGCCACCAAUUGUGCAAGUUCUCCCAC